CAGGUGCAACCCCUGUAUCACUGCUACACACCCAAAAUAUAUAAAUAAACCAUUCUUACAAUACUAUUUUAGAAAUCUUUCAUCUUCUCUCUUAACUUUUCAUCGUUAAUCACAAGUCAAAAACGAAAGCCAUGAACACACUAGAAGCUCAAAAGGAAACUAACAUGGGCGAUGCAUCUGAAUUUGUUAUGGUCGAAAAAGAGGAACUGCCGUGCCAUAAAGAUACCAGUGUUGUAGAGAAAGAGAAGUUAAAAGAGUAUGAUGUGCCUAUACAUAGUGAAGUAGAAGAAACAGAGAAAGAGAAGUUGAAAGAGUAUGAUGUCCAUGUUGAAGCAGAAGAAACGGAGAAAAUGGAAAAGAGUGAUAAACGCGAACAAGAAGAAGAAGAAGAAAUAAAGAAUACAGUACAGGAGAAGAGUGCUGGUGAUCCACGUGAGUGGGAACGAGAAGAGGAAGUGAAGAGUGCUGAGAAGGAUGAUAAGAAAGGUAACGAAAGGAAAAUUAAGGAGCAACAGGAGCACCCGAUGACUGAAGAUCAAAAAGAAGAAUCAGUUCAGCAGCAGGUGAUUGAUAAUGAUAACAAUAAGAAAAGGAAAAAGAAGGAAGAUGAGGUUAAGGAUGGUUCUAAGGAUGGAAAACAGAAGGAGAAAGCAAAGGAAAAGAAAAAUAAGUCGGAGAAGAAAGUUGAAAAGAAGGAAAAGGCAGCCGAUAAUGAAGGUGACACAGCUGAAGAAUCAGAUGAAGAGUCGGAUAAGAAAAAAGACAACAAAGGAGACAAGAAGAAGGAGAAGAAAGACAAGAGUGUAGAGGUAGAGUCUGAAGAUGGAAAAGUGAACAAAAAAGACGACAAGGACAAGAAGAAAAAAAAGAAAGAUGAAGAAAAGGAUGGGAAGAACAAGAAUGAGCAGGAUGGAAAAGUAAAGGAAAAAUCAGAAGAGAAGAAGGAGAAAGAAUUGAAGAAGAAACAAAAAGAUGAGAAGUCUGAAGUUGAAGGUGAAAAAAAGGAGAAGAAGGAUGUAGUUGUAGGGUCUGAGAAGAAUGAACCUAAGAAAGAUAAGAAAGUCAAGAAAGAGAAAGCAGAGGAAUCAGAGGAAGAACUAGCAAAGGAUAAAGACAAGAAAGGAGACAAGAAGAAUAAAAAGGUUGAUAAAAAGCAUGUAGAUGAAGAUGAGGUGAAGGUAGAGUCUGGACAUGAAAAAGAGAAAGAAAAGGACAAGAAGAAUGGGAAGAAGAAUAAGGAUGAUGAUAAAGGUAAGAAAGAGAAGAAAAUAAAAGAAGGUCGCGAGGAAGGAUCUACGGAGGAAGAAGGGAAGGACAAAAAGAAGGAAAAGAAAGAUAAGAAGCACAAAGGCAAAGACAGUGAAGGGGAGAAUAAGGGUGAGGUAGACUCAGAGGAGGAUGAAGUGAAAAAAGAUAAGAAAGGAAAGAUAAAGAAGAAAUCUGAGUCUGAGAAAACUAGAGAGUGUGCAGAAGUAGGAGAGGAGCAGGACAAAAAGGAAGAAAAGAAGGAGAAGAAGAAAGACAAGACAAAGCAUAAGUCUGGGGAUGAUUCAGAGAGAGAAUCUGAAGCGGAAGGGAAAAAAGAAAAAUCAGAAGGAAAAGUGAAAAAGAAGAAAGAUAAGAAACUGAAGGAUGAAUCUCAUGUAGAAGAUGACUCAUCAGAAGAAACUGAGAAAAAGAAGCAAAAAAAGAAAGAUAAGAAAAAACCGAAGGAUGAUGAUAAGAAGUGCAAGGAUGAAAUUGCUUCAAGGGAGAUAAUUAGUGAUAAAGAUUCAGAAGAUAUUGAUGAGGAGCAGCAGAAGAAAAUUAAAAAGAAAGAGAAGGUAAAGAGUAAAAAAGAUGAGGGAGAUGAUAAGGUCAAGGAUCUUGUGAAGCUAAAGAAAAAGCUAGGAAAGGUUGAGGGAAAGAUAGAAGCGCUUCUUAUUGAAAAGGCCAACCUCGUGAGUCAAAUUAAAGAGGCGGAGGAUAAGAGUCGUGCAUUUCUCGACACAGUCAAAGAAAUACAGGGUGUUACUUCCACAGUUCAAACAGGGAAAAUGAAGGAGGUGGCAACAAAUAGCAAUGAUCAUACAAACAAACAUGAAGAUGCAGUUGUACUUGUAGCUAAGGAUGUAAGGAUUGAGAAGGUAGAGAAUGAGCACUUUGUCAUUCCUGAGAAGUGUAAAGAUGUAGCCAUUCAAGAAGUUAAAACUCAAGCACCAUAGGAUUUUAUUCGGAUUGCUUGGAAAGAAGAUGAAGAUGGUUGGUGAGACACUUGUAUUCUAUGUCGUUUUUGUUUUAUGUAUACUGUGAGUUUACUUUGUGUGAAAACAAUUUCUAAGAAUGUAUGAAAUGAAUAAAGUAAAUUUUGGAUCAGAUGAUUUCCUUUA